AUGACAUCUCCCUCACUACAAUCCAUCACUUCUAAUCUCACAGAAACCAACAACACACCUCAACAACUUGAAUCCAAUUUGACUAUUGACAACAACUCACCUCCACCACAACAAACAUCACGAGAGGAAGAAUUGGCAACAGCUUUAGCUCUUGAAGAACAAUCAAAACAACAAAUUGCUACCACUUCCAUUAUUGAAAAAUCUUCAUCACCAUCAGCAGUGGAAGGAAAGGAUGAAGCAAUUUCUGAAAAUGAUGUGGAAGUUAAUAUUGUAAAGGUUUCUCCACGUUCUCCAAAAUCUCCACGUAGAGAAAAUUCACAAAAAUUGAUUGUUGAACCAUCUCCUUCAAAUGUUGUUGCUGGUAAUGGUGCUGCUGCUGUUAAUCAAUCGACAACUUCAUUGGAAUCAACAGUUGGUACAGAGAGUACUCCAUCCGAAGCAGCUAGUGAUCCACAAAAGAACUUGUCGAAUGGUAAUCAGAAACAUAAUGAAACUUACCGAAAGAAAUCUUCCAAGUUUCCAACAGCUCCAAAAGCCACACACGAAAAUAAUAUUGGAUUUUUCAGGUCGUUAAAGAAUUAUUUCCUCUCAAUGAUUUAUGCUUCUCAAGCACAAAGACAAGAAACCAAAAAUAAUCUUACAAAAUCUUUAGAAUUAUUUGAAAAAUCACUCAAUCAUAUGAAACAAACUAAUAAUAAUGCAGCAGAUGUCAGUUUGUUGCACUACAAUAUGGGAAUAGUAUGGGAAAAGAUUUAUUCCAUUAAAUUAACUGCCAUGCUCAAUGCUAGUUUCAGUUUGGACGAUCAUCAAAAUGUUGCCACCACAAAAUCCUUCCUCCUCAGAGAUAAAACCACUGAAACAUUGACCGGACAGCAGAAAGUUGAUCAUUUGAUUGAAAAGGAUGGACCAACAGAAAAUAAUACCAAGGAAAAGAAACAAAAAGUUGAUCCUGAGAAAUUACUCGAAACUAAACCUUCAAUUAUUGUAAUGGAUGGAGAAUUGGGAGAAUUUACUGGAAGAAGAACAACUGUUUCAGGAAUUAACUACUUGACAAGUGUUACUGCAGAGGAAAUUCUCUCACACUUGCAAUCUGAUUAUGAAUUGGACAUGUUUUUGGAAUAUGAACAAGCAAUGACUGAAAGAUUCACUGAAAAGGAUGAAAUUUCCAAUGCUGAGAGAGCCACAAUGAUCAAGAAUAUCUUUACUCACUAUGCAGAGAGUUUGAGAUUGAAUCCAAUGCAUUUGGAAACCUAUUUCCAACUUGCAAACAUGUUCCAAAGAGUGGGCUUGUACUAUCAUGCUAUAGCUCUAUUUGAAAAAACAGUUGAAAUUCAAGAAGAAUUCUCAGAGGGUUACAAUUGUCUUGGUGUUUGUCUAUUUAACAUGGGUCAAUUGGAUAAGGCAUCCUAUUUUUACAAUAAGGCACUCAAAUAUGAUUUGAAAAAUCCAAUCAUUUUUGCCAAUUUGGGUGAAGUUUUAUACGAAAGAGGAAAAUUUGCAGAAGCUCUCAACAUGUUUUCACGUGCCUUUUAUUUGGCUCCAUCUCUUGGAUCUUUGUAUUGUUACUUUGGAUUGUAUUAUUUGGAACAGGAGAAAUCAAAGGAAAAGGCCCUUCAAAUGUUUGAAAAGGCAAUGGAACUCUCUCCUACUUCAGGAGAUGUUCAAUUCUACUAUGGACGUUUUUGGUUAGAAAUUGAAGAUUAUGAUAAGGCCCUAACACAUUUUGAAAGAGCAAGUCAAUUAGUCCCACCAAAUCGUCAAAUGUACUAUUAUACAGGAUUGGCAUUGACAAAAGUUGGAUCCAAGGAAGAAGCCAUUUCAAAUUUAAGUAAGUCAGUUGAAUUGGCUCCAACAUUGGAUUUGUAUAAGGAAACUUUGGAAAAGGUAAAAGCUGAGGUGUAA